UGACGCAUUGUCAUUGUCAAAAUUUAACGUGAAUAUUGAGCAAAAAUAAUCAAAAACAACUAAAAAUUUACAUAAAAUAGCCCACAGUGGCUUAAUAUUUUUGAAUCAACCAUAACUAUCUUACAAUAUGCAGAUUUAAAGUUAGUUAGUAGGUAGACUCAUUAGGUAUAGUGACAUUCACUAGUAACAAUGACCGUCCCACCGGUGGGAAUCGACCUCGGCACGACGUACUCGUGCGUGGGCGUGUUUCAAAACGGCAGGGUCGAGAUCAUAGCCAACGACCACGGCAACAGGACCACUCCGUCUUAUGUCGCCUUCAACGAGAAUGAGAGGUUGAUAGGAGAUGCUGCUAAGAAUCAGGCAGCAACGAACCCAAAAAACACAGUUUUCGAUGCCAAGCGGUUGAUCGGAAGAAAAUUUGACGAUCCCUGUGUUCAAAAUGACCUUAAAAAUUGGCCAUUCGAAGUCAUUGCGGAAGGUGACAAGCCAAAAAUUGUCGUUGAAUACAAAAAAGAAAAAAAGAAGUUCACUCCAGAAGAAAUAUCCUCGAUGGUGUUGACAAAAAUGAAAGAAACUGCUGAAACGUAUUUAGGAGGAGCUGUAAAAGAUGCAGUUAUAACGGUCCCUGCUUACUUCAAUGAUUCGCAACGCCAAGCCACCAAAGAUGCUGGGACAAUUUCUGGACUACAUGUUCUUAGAAUUAUCAACGAGCCAACCGCUGCUGCCCUCGCUUAUGGUUUGGAUAAAAAUUUGAAAGGUGACAAGAAUGUUCUUAUAUUCGAUCUUGGUGGUGGAACAUUUGAUGUUUCAAUUCUCACGAUAUCUGAGGGAUCGCUCUUUGAAGUCCGGUCGACAUCAGGGGACACACAUUUAGGUGGUGAAGACUUUGAUAGUCGAAUGGUUGAUCACUUUGCGCAAGAAUUCGAAAAGAAAUACAAGAAAAAUUUAAGGAACAACCCUAAAUCAGUCAGAAGAUUACGCACAGCCUGCGAACGAGCGAAAAGAACUCUUUCAACUAGCACCGAAGCCAACUUGGAGGUCGAUGCAUUAUUCGAAGGCAUAGAUUUUUAUUCAAAAAUCACAAGAGCACGCUUCGAAGAGCUAAACUCUGAUCUGUUUCGAGCUACGCUGGCGCCUGUAGAGAAGGCAUUAAAAGACGCUAAAAUGAAUACAAGAGAAAUACACGAUGUCGUAUGUGUAGGCGGUUCAACGCGAAUUCCUAAGAUACAACGACUGUUGCAGGAAUUUUUCGGUGGUAAAUCCUUAAAUCUUAAUAUAAAUCCCGACGAAGCUGUCGCAUACGGUGCUGCUGUCCAAGCCGCUAUAGUCACAGGAUCCAAAGACGAGCGUAUAGCUGACGUUCUGUUGGUGGAUGUAAUACCGCUGUCUCUUGGAAUCGAGACUGCAGGAGGCGUCAUGACGAAGCUGGUUGAUAGGAACACCAGAAUCCCAAUAGAGCAGAAGCAAAUAUUUACGACUUAUGCUGAUAAUCAACCAGCAGUCACUAUUCAGAUAUACGAAGGCGAGAGAGCACUGACCAAGGAUAACAAUUUGCUAGGGACAUUUAAUCUGUCGGGCAUACCUCCUGCGCCAAGAGGUGUGCCUCAGAUUGAAGUGUCAUUUGACAUCGACGCCAACGGCAUCCUGACAGUGAAGGCCCAGGACCGAAACACUGGGCGGUCGGAGAACAUCACCAUAUCGAACGACAAGGGUCGUCUGUCUAAGAAGGAUAUCGAGAAGAUGCUACAAGACGCUGAGAAGUUCAAGAAGGAAGACGAAGCCGUGAGAAAACGCGUGGGGUUGAAGAAUCAGCUUGAGGCGUAUGCUUAUGGGUGCAAAGCGGCUAUAACAAACGCGGGCGACCGUCUAACAGCAGAUGAAAAAGACGCCGUAGAAAGAGAGUGCACAAACCAACUGCGAUGGCUCGAACAGCAUCCGGACGCGUCCAAAUCAGACCUAGAAGCUCACUUGAAGGAGGCUGAAAAGGUAUGCCAGCCGGCCAUGAUGAAGCUACAUGGAGCAGUGGGUGGCGGAGGGCCGAGCUGCGCCCGCAGACCUAGCGAUGAUGGACCUAGAGUCACUGAACUCAAUUAAAUAUUAUGGUAGAGUCAGACCAAAAUAAUUCUACAGCGUUUUUUAUAGCACACCAGGCGAUCUAGCAUAGGUUGUGUUCUCGCGUGCGAUUCCAUAUACUUGAAGUCGCGCUAGAUGUAUGGAGUCGCGCACGAGAACGAAACUCAUGCUAGACCGACAGACGUGUAGGCAAGUGUUUUUUUUAACGUCAUAAUUUCAUAGAAGUUUGACGUUUAAAAUAACACUUGCACGUCUGUGCUAUAAGAAUCUAUGCAAGAGUUAUCUUGGUCAGACUCUAGUAAAAUUGGACAGUCGUGUAAUCAGAAAUCAUUUAUAAUGUACCUUAUGUUUAAAAAAGAAAGCGUUUAAUA